CUUCUCUUAACCUUAGAAACAGGCAGCUGGGCUCUAGGGCAACAUUUGCAGGGGAGUGGAAAAGUAGGCGCACAAGUUUGUAUCUGAUUUUUUGUUUGAUUGUGUCAUGUGUGUUUAAUGGAGUGUCCUUUUGUUAACUGUACCUAGUGAGUCCAUGCACGAAUGUGACUGUGCGAGGCUAACACAGGGAAUCUCUCACUGACAGGGACAUUAGCAUAAGCAACCCUCUUUUCCCUCUUGCCCGCUCUGACCAUAUCUUUGGCUUUCUUUCUUCCGUGAGGGGAGCCUCUUCCCUUCCCAGGGCCUCGGGUGGGAAAGGAGGAGGGAGAAAGAAGGAGGGGAUGGGGAAGGAGGAGAAGGAAGGCCAAAGGGGCCUGGUUAAGGGUGGCUGAGCUCCAGGGCCCAGAGGGGGUGGGGCUGAGAAGUAAGAAGGGAUGGUUCCAGGGUCCCAGAACUGAGUGGAGCAGGAGCCGGUGCUGUAGCUGGUAGGAGGAAGUGUUGGAGCCAUGGACACUCAGCCACUGAGAUCAACAAGAUGAGCAGCAGCUGUUCAAGGCUGAGCAGGGUCCUGGUGGCCAUAGCUACAGCCCUGGUUUCUGCUUCCUCUCCCUGCCCCCAGGGCUGGGGCCCUCCAGGAGUCCAGUAUGGGCAGCCUGGCAGGCCGGUGAUGCUGUGUUGCCCAGGAGUGAGUGCUGGGACCCCUGUGAACUGGUUUCGGGACAGGGAGUCAAGACUGCUCCAGGGACCUGAUUCUGGGCUGGGGAAUAAUCUGGUCCUGGCCCAGGCACACUCUACUGAUGAGGGCAUCUACAUCUGCCGGACCCUGGAUGGUGAACUUCAAGGCAUAGUGACUCUAAAGCUGGGCUAUCCCCCAGCCCGUCCGGUGGUCUCCUGCCAGUCAUCUAACUAUGAGAACAUCUCCUGCACUUGGAGUCCCAGCCAAGUCAGUGGUUUACCCACCUGCUACCUCACCUCCUACAGGAUGAAGAUGUUGCCAGGAAUUGAUCAGGAAAGGGCGAAUCUGUCUGCAUGGAAGCCAUGCCCACAGGACCCCCUAGGGAAUCCACGCUGUGUUAUCUAUUGGGCAGAGUUCUGGAGCCAGUACCAGAUGAAUGUCACUGAAGUGAACCCACUGGGUGCUAGCACAUGCCUGCUGGAUAUAAGAUUUUGGGAUAUAUUGCGCCCUGACCCACCUGAGGGGCUGCGGGUGGAGUCGGUACCUGGUUACCCGCAACGCCUGCAUGCUACCUGGACAUACCCCACCUCUUGGCCCCAAAAGCCACACUUCACGCUCAAGUUCCGACUGCAGUACCGUCCAGCACAGCAUCCGGCCUGGUCCACGGUGGAGCCCAUUGACUUGGAGGAGUUGAUCACAGAUGCCGUGGCUGGGUUGCCUCAUGAGGUGCGGGUCAGUGCCAGGGACUUUCUGGAUGCAGGCACCUGGAGCGCCUGGAGCCCAGUGGUCUUGGGAACUCCUGGCACUGGCAAAAUACACACACAGCUGGUGGACAGCAUGGCUCCUUCAAGGCCUUCUCUACAGCCAGACUUGUGGCCACUGGAUCACAGGGGCCCUCUGGGGCAGAUGGCUGUGUUACUGUCUUUGGGAGUCUUCUCUUUCCUGGGACUGACAGCUGGGGCUCUCACACUGGUGUUCUGGCUGAGGCUGAGGUGGAGCAGGAAGGAUGGAAUCCAAAAGCCUGGAUUUCUGGCCUCAAUGUUUCCAGCUGACAAGCUUCCAGGUAUUCCAGACUUGUAGAAGACCCACAAGAGCUUCAGCUCACUCCAGCUGUAACUCUGUCUUGCUGGUGUGGAUGGAUGGACAGAACCAGGCAAGGGAGUAGAUCCCUGUGGAAGGGGGUUUCAGCUGGAAGUUCUAUUUGGAGCCCAUUUCUUUGAGACUCUGUAUUUUAAACUUGCCAGCUGAAAAGUGUUUGGACCUCUGACUUCAUCCCAGAGCUGAAGUCUACCUGAAGGAUGUUUUUAGAUGUGUAUGUCUGUGUCCAUGUGUGACCAUGUGUGUGUGAGGUAUGGGACAUGUGCUCUUUGCACAUAUAUAUGUAUGUAAGUGCCUGGAGAAUAUGUAUGGGUCCUUGGCUCUUGGCCUUGCCCCUUGCAGGUGCUGUGAAGAUGCAAAAUAAAGAGAACAAGGAAGUUCUUGGAG